AUGCCUUUCGGUCGCUCCGCCAAACCAAACAACCGAUCUCAACAACACCUGGUUGAAUCGGCUGGGCCCGCCGCCGUUUCUGGCUCCUCCCAAGCUGCUGCUGGCACGGAUUCCGCUGGGGGUGCCUCGUCUGCCUCUGCCUCUGCCUCUGCCUCUGCCUCUGCCUCUGCUGCCGGCCAGGGCAUUUCCCCUUCCGGCGUUGCUGGCGCCCAACCCGGACCCGGUCACGGUCAACAAGCCCAGUCUCAGGGCCAGUCCCAGUCCCAGUCCCAAACCCACCACCAGGUCGGCGUGCAACCUCAAGGCCCCUCCUCAGCCUCGGGGCCCUCCACCACCACCUCAGAAUCCUUUGUCCAGAACCUGCGGGCUGCCAGCCAACCACCGCCUCUGCCGCCGUCAGCAUCUCACCUCUACUCCUCUGCUCCCACCGCCUCGCCGUCAGGUCCAAACAACUCGUCGUCCCAUCACCAGACCCAGCUGCACCAGCUGCAACCCCUCAACACCGCCAACCCCGUCCCCGAAGCGCGGGUCCGCAAGGCUGCGCAUGAAUUUGCAGAUGCUGUUGCCAGAUCGCAGUCUCAGAGAUAUCACCAAGUAGCCACCCCCGUCCAGCCUAACCCCUCCUUCGGCUCCUCCUUCGAAGACCUCUCCAAACAAUCUUACACCCCCCCGCAACCACCCCUCGCUUACCACCACCAGCAUCACCACCAGCAACAGCUCCAGCAGCUCCAGCAACACCAGCAGCAGCAACACCAGCAGCAGGCCCCGGCCCCCGUCGAGUCCCGGCGCUCCACCCGCCGAUUGAUCAAGAACAUCCUCGCCGGCGCUCCCAAUCUCAAUAAGGCUGACCAGGCCCGCCCCGAGUACACCCCCCACCACCACCCCUCCCACUCCCAGUCCCAGCACGCCUACGACAACACCGCCGGCCUUGCUCGUCGCCCAUCCAAGCGCAUCAGCAACCCACCGGCGCUACGGACCGGCCCGUCUCAGGUCUCCCUCGACCAGCAGCCCGCCGACUGGCAGUCCCAGGCGCCCCAGACCCAACCGUCGCCCCUGCAAAAUAACCCUCACGAGUUCCAGCUGCCCACCCUUCGUCGACAACUCGGUCAGGUCGCCUUCGAUCCAGCCACUCGACAGUACCAGUUCAUAUCCCACUCCCCCCAGAGGCAGGUACAGACCGAAGGGAGCCAGCUUGCGUACUCUGGCCACCUUGGUGCCGAACAGCACCGCAAUCCAGAGACAAUAUCUCAGCUGUCGCAUGAGUCGCCCGCUACAGACGCUGACCACCUCCUUUCUUCCAACGUCCAGUCCACGACGACCUCCCCUGCUGUGAGGUACUCGGCCCACGCCCAAGACUUCCCUUCCCGUUCAACUUCGCUGCAGCCACACAACCAGCAGCUACAGCAGCAGUCGUCGUCGGACGGCCAGCAGCAGGAGCACCACAGCCAACAGGGUAUGGCUCCACAAGGAGGGCCGCCCCAGACAAGACGGUCUCAGGAAACCGAAAAGAGUCUCCGCGGCGAUAUCCCCCCGGGGCCCCCACCUGGCUACAGGCACAGUCAGCAACCGUCCAACAGUAUGAACAACCUGCCUUCGGCUCCACAAGCCCCUCAAGGCGCGUCAGGCGCGAACCCCAGCUUUCGUCAGAGCACUAUUCAAGACCGGCAGCAGCAGCAGCAGCAGUUCGAUGGGGCUGCAGAGCAAGGUCGCAACAGCCCGCAGCCAUCAGAAGACCCCGAGAAGGCCUUUAAAGAUCUGCUGACAAAGUACAAAAAUGUUAAGCGCUUGUAUUUCGACGGCAAGACCCAAAUCGAGCAACUCAAUGGUCAGGUGGAGCAGCUCCAGAAUGCAGUCGCCAACCAGAGGAUCACCCAGUCCCGUACCGCACUGGACGACAACGAGUACAUGACAAGGUUCAACAGGUUGAACGGGGCGAUCAACAACUUGUCCUUCAACAUUCGCAAGGACUGGGUUUCGGUCCCAACGUGGCUGGAGAGCUACGUCAGCACUGAUGCUCUGAAGACGGGCAAGCAAGAGAUGACUGCACUCGGCCGCGCUGUCAUCACAAGAUGGAUUGUCGAGGAAAUAUUCCAUGGCUGUUUCCACCCCGGGCUAGACCCAGAACUCAGCAGGCAACUGAAAGAAAUCGAGCAGAACAUUCGCCGUGGCAACUAUACGAUGACCAGUCAGGAGGAGCAUGACGCAUUGACAUCAAAGGUCGUGAGCUGGAGGAUGACGACGCUGGACGGCCUGCACCACAUUCUACAAUCGGCAGAGAGUUCUGAGCACCGCCAAGACUUCAUCCGAAAAGCCACGUCAAAUCUAACUGCAUAUCUCUUCCAGCAUCUCACAGAGCCUCCUCCGGCCGGUGUUGAUGGAAGCGCAAGCAUGAUCGUGGAGCUCGCCGUUGGCAUAGCAGCAAACCUGCCGAUGGAGAGUCGCGAUGUGGCAAUCAUUUACCCGCUACCACAGGAUAACCUACAACCGAACAUCAUGGAGGUUGAGAAGGCGCCGCUCCCGCCGAUCGAGACAAGGCCGCCCGAUAGCGACGGAGAUGCGGAUUCGAGAGAAGAAAAUGGCAAGGACAGCGGCGGUGAGAAGAGCAGCAGCAAAGAGCGCAGCAGCAAGUCCAGAGCCGGUAUGUCAGCAAGUUCAACUCUUUCAAGUCUACUCAGCAACGCCCCGUCGGUGCUUGUUCCUGGCAGCAGCAGCCGCAAGGGCAGCGUGGCUUCGGUUUCUCAACAGCCAUCUGGUCGCAAACUCUCGACUGCGCCCUCGAUCACAGGUACUGACUCGACAACGACAUUAGCUCUACCUCCAAAGGAUAGCAACAAGGUGCGAUUCGCCGGCUUCCUUGCCGUCGAGGUCCGGGGACGGCAGGUGCUCGUCAAGGCGCCCGUGUGGACGUUGGGUUGA